GAGGAGAGAGGAGAGAGGAGAGAGAGAGAGACCCCAAGUUGCGAGUUUGGCACGCGGGUUUCGUCUUCGGCACUACGCACAGGGGAGGAAAUAAGAGAGCAUACGUAGAAGACUCGGCGACGACCUCCUCCUCCUCCUCCUCCUGCAACUCCCUAAGUCCCAGUUGUCAUUAUCAAUCUUCUCUCACAGGUCUGAACUAGGAAGUUACUCGAGACCUUCUCUCACACCUCUCCUACUCAACCCUAAUUAAUAACUAUACCUGAAUGCCUAAAUUCUUCAAAUCUCUGAAGAUCAUAUUCUUUUCUCAGAGCCAGAGGGGGUGGUACCUCUAGAACAAAAUCCAUGGAUAUUACUUGUAAUUGUAAUUGUAACUGUAAGUCUCCUCUUCUUCUUCAUCUUCUGUUGUUGUUUGUUUUGAUCCUCGACUUCGGUUCGGAGAGCUGUUAUGGUCAACAGACCUUCAGCUUCGAUGUUCACCACAGGUUCUCUGAUCACAUCUCACAAAUUUUCCCACUCGAUCACUUACCGGAGAAAGGAAGUUUUGAUUACUAUAGAGCUUUGGCUCAUCGAGACCGAUUUUUUCAUGGCCGUAGACUUGCCAACACUAGCAACGACGAUGAGAUUCUUACUUUUGCAGAUGGAAAUACGACCUAUCUAUUGAGCUCUUUGGGAUUUUUGCAUUACGCCAGUGUUUCAUUGGGGACGCCGAGUGUCACAUUUUUUGUGGCACUCGACACGGGAAGUGAUCUAUUUUGGGUACCCUGCGACUGCGUGAGCUGCUCCCAUACCUUGCAGACUAGUAAUGGAGUGGUGAAUCUAAACAUUUACAGUCCUAAUGCAUCAUUGACGAGCAAAAACAUCCCCUGUAAUAGCAGCUUGUGUGAAAAAAAAGAUGAAUGCCUUCUUCUAAACCAAAGCAAAUGUCCUUAUCAAGUUGCAUAUCUUUCUGCUCUUACUUCAACUUCUGGAUAUCUGGUUGAGGAUGUUUUGUACUUGAAGACAGAUUAUAGUCAGCCAGAACCUGUUGAUGCACAUAUCACAUUCGGCUGUGGUCAAAUUGAGACUGGUUCUUUUUUGGAUGGUGCUGCCCCCAAUGGUCUAUUUGGACUUGGUAUGGGUAUAGUAUCCGUCCCUAGCAUUUUAUCAAGUGCAGGCCUUAUUGCGAAUUCUUUUUCCAUGUGCUUUGGAUCUGAUGGUAUUGGAAGAAUCAACUUUGGAGACAAAGGCAGCCCUGAUCAAGCAGAAACUACAUUCAACGUUAAUCAAUCACACCCGACAUAUAAUAUCAGUGUGACUCAAAUAACUGUGGGGAAAAAUAUCAUGAACGUUAAUUUCACUGCAAUUUUUGACACUGGGACCUCAUUCACAUACUUGAAUAAUCCAGCCUACACUCAUCUUACUAAGAGUUUCAAUGCACAGGUCCAACACAAACGUUAUCCAUCUGAUCCCGACAAUCCUUUUGAAUAUUGUUAUGGCCUAAGUUCUACUUCUUCAAAUUUAACGAUACCCGCACUGAAUCUAACCAUGAGAGGUGGAGGCCAGUUUUCUGUUUAUGAUCCCAUAGUUGUCUUUGCCAACGGGAAUACGAUUUCAUAUUAUUGCUUGGCUGUUGUCAAGACUAAAAAUGUGAAUAUCAUUGGACAGAAUUUCAUGACUAAUUACCUUAUUGUAUUUGACCGUGAAAAUUCAUUGUUGGGAUGGUCAGAAUCUGACUGUUAUGCUUCCAAUGGCUACAAUACUACAAAAAGACAACCCAAGACUAGCACAGCGCGUCCUCCAAAAAGCCCCCGCAGCUAUACAGCAGUUCCUCCUGCCACUGCUGCGGAACCGGGUAGUGUCUACCCAGAAUCUGGAAAGGGAAGUGGGAAGGAUUCUUCAUCUUCGGGGGCACCAUCAGCCCUCUUCAAUUGCUGUUCCUUGAUACUCUUUCUUGUGUGUUUUGCCAUUAUAUGAUUAUUCAUUUUUCGGCCUAAUAAUGUAGUUAGGAGCUGCCCGUGUAUAUAUUUAUAGAGCUUCAGCAUGGCCCAGUUUUACCCAGGAAUGGGGGGCUCUCCUUUAUGUGGUAUUCUUUUCCUAAGAUUGAAUUAUUUCAAACGAUCGUUUGUAUUUAUGACCAAUAACCAUUUACAUCCCUAAUAGCUUCGAGCUCCAAUGGAGGGGGAAUCAGUACGGCGGUAUUGUAUUAUUUUAUUUACCAUUUGAAGCUUCUGAUAUUCUUUGUUGUUUUUGUUUCAAGUGUUAAGAAGCUUGGGGCCCUAUUUUGUCUA